AUGCUGGCCAUGCCCCCAACCGCCGCAUUUCAGAUGAGCGUGCCGUUGGACGAGUUCCCAGUGCUGCCCUUUACAGUCGCCAUCGUGGAAUCGGCCCGCGUUGUGCUGGCCAGCCUGCGCCCGCUCGACACCGGUCCGGCUUCCAAGCAUCAGACGAACCGGGUCGUGAGCAUGUGCGUGCACUUGGGCUGGGACCUGGUUCGAUGGAAACCGACGCUGGAGGCCGUGGUGAUCGAGAUCAAGACCAUGACAACGCUGCGGGGCGUGACGCGGCUCUUUGUGGCCGCCAGCGCUAAAGCCACCGCGGACGGGGUGUACCUGGUGGCCAACCUGCCCGGCGGCACCGAGAUGGGCUGCGACCGGGUCAAGUGGCCACCACGCUGCCAGAUCUCGGCGCGCCAGGCGGUGACGGAGAUGGCCGUGUGUGCGCUGAGGGACUUCCUCGUGGGCUCGCCGUUCUCGACCUUCACCGGUGUGAUCGCCGCGCAGCGCGAGCGCAUUCAGCGGAAGGACUCGGCCCACCGGUGCCUGCUGUCCUACGCCGGCCCAGCGCCCCGCUCACCCCCUCACUUUCUGGCCUUGACUGUACAUAACGACAAGUACACCUGA